AUGAAUGUUCCAUAUGAAAAAAUGCCAGUAUAUGAAAAUCCAUUAUCAACAGAUGCUGGAAAUGAUGGAUUAAUUCAUGUUCAACAGGCACCACCUAAUAUUCGUCAUUAUUUUGUAUUUUCACUCUUUUCGGCUAUUUGCUUAUGCCCAGCAACAGGUCUAGUUGCAUUGGCUUAUUCAUUAAAAAGUUCGGCUAAAGCUGAUGUUAAAUUUCAUGAUAAAGCUCAACUUUAUUCUCGUCGAGCAUUACUUUGGAAUAUAAUUUCAGUUAUUUUUGCUGUCUUAGUAGUCGUCAUGGUUUUGGUUUUUUGUUAUUGUGUCAAUGAAAUGGUUAAAAGUGAUCGAAAUAGAAUGUAUUCUAAUUUUUAUGCCCCUUCAAAUGGAUAUAAUAAUGAAAUAAAUUAA